GAAUGUGGUGAAAUUGGAUCUUUUCAGUAUGAAGGUGCACCCAUGUAAACAUGGACCAGAAUCUGAAAGGAAUGUUAUCAACAUCUUGUGGAAUCCAUGCUGAAACAUUAGAAUAGUAAUGUGUGUUUUUUUUCUUUUAUUGAAUUCAUCUUCAUACAGCAAGCUGACCAAAAAAAUAUCUAAAAGCUGGAGAAAGGGUGGAGAAUGAAGAACCUGCAGAACAUCAGAUAUGGAUUGACACUUCUAAGAAAAAGUCAAUCCAUCCCAAUUACAAAAAAAGAUGUAUAAAUGCGGCAUGUUGCUGUUUUAAAUUCUUUUUAGGUCCAAAUUAUUUGUUUCGAGAUUGUUUACAAGAAAUCUUAGGGAGCACCUCCCAGUGUGAGGUGGGGAUUCAGCAAGCUUUGCUUUAGAUGGUGUUUUGCACUUCACUGUACAACACAUAGGCAGGAGCAGGACUUAUUUCCUCUCCUUUGUAACACACCGAGAACUUUUCGGCUAAAUUCAACCCUCCCGUGCCAGUUUUAGAAAUGUACCGGUGCCUGGGAGAACUCCUUACCCGAGCAGGAGGCAGUGCUCUGGCCUCGGGAUUCGGCGAAACCACUCUGCCGGCCUCGGCGUCUCUUAUGCGGAUGCGGCGCUACAGCGAAGUCGCGGGCAAAGACGACGACGAUCCGAACUUCUUCCGCAUGGUCGAGGGCUUCUUCGACCGCGGCGCUGCCAUCGUCGAGGACAAACUCGUGGAAGACCUAAAGACCAGAGAGACGCCCGACCAGAAAAGGCACCGCGUCCGUGGAAUCCUGAAGAUCAUCAAGCCAUGCAACCACGUCCUGGCCGUGAGCUUCCCUCUGAAGCGAGACAACGGAGAGUGGGAAAUGAUCGAGGGCUACCGAGCCCAGCACAGCCAGCACAGGACCCCCUGCAAGGGAGGUAUCCGUUACAGCACAGAAGUGUCUGUUGACGAAGUGAAAGCUUUGGCUUCGUUGAUGACAUACAAAUGUGCUGUUGUUGAUGUACCUUUUGGAGGAGCGAAAGCUGGCGUGAAAAUCAACCCUAAGAAUUAUUCUGACAAUGAGUUGGAGAAAAUCACAAGACGGUUCACCAUUGAGCUGGCAAAGAAAGGAUUUAUUGGGCCAGGCAUUGAUGUCCCUGCUCCUGACAUGAGCACCGGCGAGAGGGAAAUGUCUUGGAUUGCUGAUACGUACGCCAACACUAUGGGUCACCAUGACAUCAACGCACAUGCGUGUGUGACGGGGAAGCCCAUUAGCCAGGGUGGCAUCCACGGGCGAAUCUCAGCGACAGGACGAGGAGUUUUCCACGGCAUUGAGAACUUUGCCAAUGAAGCUGCCUUUAUGAGUCAGUUAGGUUUGACUCCUGGAGUUGCAGACAAGACCUUUGUUAUCCAGGGCUUCGGUAAUGUAGGUCUGCACUCAAUGCGUUACCUUCACCGCUAUGGGGCGAAGUGUAUUGGAGUAGCAGAAUGGGACGGAAGCAUCUGGAACCCUAAUGGCAUUGACCCCAAGGAGUUAGAAGACUAUAAGCUGGCCAAUGGCACAGUUGUCGGCUUUCCCAAGGCCACGCCUUACGAAGGCAGCAUCUUGGAGGCGGAAUGUGAUAUAUUGAUUCCUGCUGCUAGUGAGAAGCAACUUACAAAGAACAAUGCCAGCAAGAUCAAGGCUAAGAUCAUUGCUGAAGGAGCUAAUGGCCCUACCACCCCUGAAGCUGAUAGGAUAUUCCUUGAAAGGAAUAUUAUGGUGAUUCCUGACAUGUACCUGAACGCUGGUGGUGUGACCGUCUCCUACUUUGAGUGGCUGAAGAACCUGAACCACGUCAGCUACGGCAGACUGACCUUCAAAUAUGAGAGAGACUCCAACUACCAUCUCCUCAUGUCAGUGCAGGAGAGUCUGGAGAGGAAGUUCGGAAAGCAUGGUGGCGCCAUUCCUGUGGUCCCAACCUCUGAAUUUCAGGACAGGAUUUCUGGAGCAUCUGAGAAGGACAUUGUGCACUCCGGACUGGCCUACACCAUGGAGCGCUCUGCCAGGCAAAUUAUGCGCACAGCCAAUAAGUACAACCUGGGGCUGGACCUGCGGACAGCGGCCUACGUCAACGCGAUUGAGAAAGUUUUUAAAGUGUACAACGAGGCUGGUCUCACUUUCACAUAGACAUUGAGGCUGGCCUCAAUGUCCGCAUGUCUGUCCAUCCAUCUAAACAGACAUGUUGCAUCUUCACUGCCUCCUCCCCAGCCAAUAUUCUUCAGUUUACAUUUAACAUACUCGUAUAUAUAGUUUGUAUAUGGCAUUUGUACCAUAUAGGUUUUUUCUCGCAACUUUUAUCCACUCUAUAAAGAAAAAAAGCCAUUCUUUCAACACACUUUCAUGUCCAUCUGCUCUGAGAGUCCUAUCUUGCCAGAAAAUACCAAAGAGGAUUGUAUUUAUACUGUAUAUUGCACAUUUUAUGUUAAUCCCUGCUGUGUUCUGUUCAGGGAAAUUGUAACUCUAGCUGUUCAACGCAUUGUAUAAAGAUCCGUCCUGCCUUAAUAUCACACAGAAGUCUGUAAAACAUGAGUGGUCCUGUUUUUGAAUUUUUUUAGGACAUUCUUUCUAACCAAAUUAAGGCAUGCAAAUAAAAGCAAUGCAUGGAAAAUGGUCUCAGGCUUUUAUGCUACCAAAAUGAACAAAUAGGUAUUUUAUCUGUUUUUACACUUUGCUUAUCCUUUAAUUAUACAACUAUAUAUGAUGGUGCUCUUCUGCCUAAUAUGCAAUUGUUUUUCUCUCGCCAAACGCUUCCAUGGUGAAAGGAAUGAAACGUCUUAAUGGCAAGUGGAAAGAAUGUAUACAUCCAGUUAUGUAUAUGGAUGGGAUCCUGUUUGGGAACAAAUGUUUUAUUUUCUUAAACAUGUGAAGCAACUUUAAAUCUUUUUGGGAGGAGAGUUUAUAUGGGUUUAAUAAGGAUAAAAUUCAAUAAAAAGUAUAAGUUUU